AUGUCUACAGUUCUCGAUAACCGUGGUUCUUCCAUCACAGACUUGGAUGUGCCUAUAGAUGGCGUCGAACCACUCGCGAGUGUGCAAAGCGAUUCAUCGAAUUAUGGACCCAGUUCAUUGGAAUUUAUUAUCCCCUCGAAACAAAAUUCGCGUGUCUCAGAUGUUUCUAAUGAACACAAUAUAAAACCAUCCGCUCAUCUAACCGAAGCUGAUUUUCGAGCCACUGCUGCGUCUAGGAAGCUAAAUAUACCAGAGACAGGUCCUCUUUUGCUUGAUUUAAUAUUCUGGAGACGCCCUCACAUUUCCGCGAUUGUUUUUGCGUCCAUUUUAAUUCUGGAAUUCUCCCUCCUGGUUUGUUCUGUGAUCUCGGUGGUUUCGACAUUCAUUUUGCUUCUUAUGAUGGUGUCGGCUACCAUGAAGGUCUACUACGGUAUCGUCAAUAUGCCAGAAUGCAACCCCCUGAAUUAUAUUGCCAAUUGCGAUAUCCGAUUAACGCCCGGCAUGUCGACAGAACUGGCUCAGAUUAUCACAAACAAAUUGAACAACCUAAUCAACUUCACUGUCGACUUGUUCCUCAUCAGGAACAUAGGACAUUCUGUGAGGUUUGCCCUGCUCUUGUAUGGCUUGACGUACAUCGGCGCUCGUUUCAACUUCUUGACACUCUGCAUCUGGGGUACGAUUGCGGCGUUCGUGGCACCCAAACUGGUCGAUACCUACAAGCAGACGGAGAUCAUGUUCCACAUGAGGCGUCUCAACACGAAAUGCCAAGUCCUCCUUGACCGGAUUUGCAGUCACACCACAAAAGGAUCCGCGGACAAUGAGAAGGUGAAGACGCUGUAG